UUUGUUGUUCAUUCUUGGGAAUCUGUUAACAUAUUAGCAAUAUGUUUAACAACUGAGAAAUCAGUUCUCAAGUAUAGCACAUUUACAAGGAUGAGAAUUAAGUCUGAAUUGGGUUUAUUACAACAAUGCGACAGAUGAUUUUGAAGCUUGGUUAACCUCGUUUGCUGUCUGUUUUGUCGGAAGAGUAUGAAUGUAGGACCGAGCGCGUCAGUUGAAACAGCUCCUGUGAGGGGGAUUUGAGCACCUUUCGUAUUACAGGCUCCAGUUAUACUAUAUAUCUCUCAAGUAUUCGUGGUUAUUAGAUUAGCAAUGGAUAUACCUACUCUUUUGAAAAAACUAGGCCAUCAUCUGGAAGAGAUCCGAAUACGAGCUCUAAAAAACCUCAUAAGUAAAUUAGAUCAUGGUUUGAUUUCUACCUAUGACCUUGUGCAAGAAAAGAUACUUUACCGUCAUCUUCUGGAAUGGUUUAAUUUUCCAAAGGUUCCCAUGCAGGAAGAGGUACUGGAUUUACUAACCCGUCUUGCAAAGCAUCCGACAGCUGUCUGUUUGUUAGGAGAUAUUGGAGCUGUAGAGUUCAUGUCCCAGCUGCGUUCUAACCUGGAGCCGAAUCUACAAGCCAAAGUAGAUGAAGUACUGGAUUGCCUCUUCAGGUUACCAGAUAUACCUGCUGAUGAUCAAGUGUCCUCUUACCAUUUACAACCCUUAACAAGACUAGCUGACCAAGUUCAUGUUUCUGAACAGCCAGAGGUUUUGCCAGGAUAUUUUAACGAUAUCAGUAAUUUUUUGAGGCAUGAGGUUCCUCCGCUUCCGGCUGGGAUAAAUGAUGCUGUGAAAUGUUUAAAGUUUUCCACAUUUCCCUGGCUGACACUGACAUCAACAGACAAGCACAUUCUGUCAUCCAAUGAGAGCUUGCUUCAAAGCCAAGACCAGAGAUUAGUCCGUAAUACUUGUGAGCUUCUCCAGGAUGUCAUCAUGCAAGAUUUUCCAGCAGAAAUCUUCCUUCAACGGCCAAAGAUCGUCCAGAGCCUUCUGUCUCUUAUGAAGUUAGCAUUCAGUGGAGAUGCCACACACCAUCUGGCUUUACAAGCUGUGUCCUGCUUACAUCAAUUAUGUACCUGCCUGAGGAUCAGACUUAGCUUCUACAGAGAUCCAAACUUCUUUUCAACUAAACAAGAAACAUCAUCACAGAAUUCUUCAGUGUCAUAUUCCCAGGAGACAAGGGUUCCUCAACAGUCCCCAGAUCAGUCUCCAGUAAGCAGUAGCCCCAGGCCGUUUGUGAUUGGACGUACAGGUCUACGACCCCAAGGGGAUGGUCAGGAUGGAGAUGCAGCUUCUUCAAGUGGAAGCAGUUCUCGGGCAAAUGGAAAUUCCAGAGCAUCAACACAGUCUCCUUUAGAUGUUCAUUUAGAUCUCACAGAAAUUGAAAAUGAAGCCUCUCUGGAACUUCAGUUUCAACAGCUUAGUUUGGCUCAGUUUAGUGUGAUGUUGCUGGAAAAUGCUGUACCCCUUCUGAGAACUGGCAGUCGAAGGGUCUUGUUGCAAGUCUUGGAGCUACUAAAAGAUAACCUUCUUCUUCUCAGUAGUUCUCUGUCAGCACAUGUUUGGAAUGAUGACAGCCGUAUAGGACAGGAAUUGAAUGAAAAGCUGCUUACAAGCCUGGAGUCUCUGGGAGAAACAGUUAUUUACCAUAACAGCAGUGCCUGUCUUGAACAACCAGAACUUUCGCUGGAGCACCACCGAAUGGCAUUUGUCAGCAUUGCAAUCUUCGCUGUCAGACUACUUCAGACCCUUCUCCCUGUAGAAAAGGCUGAUGAAGUUUUACCAGAGAGUAUGGCGACUGCUCUCUUUCAAGUGUCUGUGGAUAUGCCAUUCUGCCUCACUUACCCAAAUAUUCAUGAAUCCAUCACAGCUUAUUUAGAAGUUCUGAAUGCGGAGAACUACAGAUUGUACAAGAGAGCAACAGAAAUUGUCCACUCUUUUGAAUGUACAGGCUCUUUUAUGGGAGACACUGACAUGCAGAAUGAGAAGCACUUUCUUGAGUUAGUUGAAGCAGCAAGUCACGCUGUAAGCAGCCUUCCAUACCAUAAGCACCUUCCUCUGGUUCAGAAGUUCAUCUCUCUCUGCUCAAAGAUCUGUAAGUCUGCCCAGGCCAGCCUGUCAGUUCAGGAUGGGAGUCGGAAAGUUUAUCUCAAACUAUUAUCUCACCCUGUUUUGGCUGUGAAAGUUGAGGCAUAUCGCUUCUCACUGGAUAUCACUAAGGAAUGCUUGGGAAUCUAUAAUGUUACAAAGCCAGUAUCUUCUGUUUGCCAUGGAAUUAAUUUUCUUUUGCACACUUCUGUUCUUUAUGAAAUCUCUGCAUUUGGUUUACAAGACUCUGCUGAACAGGUCAACAGUGCUGCCAAGGAGAUCUUGCUUUAUCUGCUUCAGGGACAGUUGAUGAUGACAGCUUUAACUUGGAACAAAUUAAUUGAUGCUUUGUAUCCUGUUAUUCCAAUUCUACAGGGCUUUGCAAGUACAGAAGGAAGUCUCUCUAACUGUAUCUUGAUGCUAAGUGAAACCAGCAGUGAGACAGGAGAUGGCAUUUUUCCAAGGAUAGCCAGACUUAGGGCUGCUCUGAGGCUACUCAUGUCCAUGCAGAAAGCAGUAAGGUCAACAGCACUGAAACACUUAAUGUGGCAUUUGAUAAAUGAAAAUGAAGCUAAUGUCAAGCGCCCCCUUCUGGAAGGAAAUAAUUUGUCUGCAGCAGCUAAUAUGUACAUAAUAGACAAACGCAUGGACUUGAAACUAGAUGAUGCUGGAAGAUCUCUGUUCAAGGAUGAGACCGUUGGAAAAAUAUAUGAAAUCUUCACUUCUGAAGCAGUUGACCUUGUUGUCAGGAAGUCUGCAGCAGAGCAAUUGGCUGUAAUGAUGCAAGAUAUUACCAAGCACGAAAUUCUGAUGCAGUUAGGAGUAAUUGACAAGCUACAGUCACUUAUUCAAGAGUGCAUCCACAAGAAUGGGAAGCCUAUGGAGUGCAUUAUGUUGCCUUGCCUGACUUUGUUGAGGAAGCUGAUUUACGCUGAUCCACCUCUGCGUCAUAACCUGGCACAACAACCUUCUCUACUUCUUUCACUAUUUAGGGUUUCAGUAAUACUGCAGGACAAACAAGCUGUUUUGAUGGAGGUUGCAGCUUUAUUCUCUCUUCUGUUGUUUGAUGAAGUAGCACGCACAGACACUUGGUCUGAUGAUCAGCUGGGCAACUCAGAAUCAUCUCCCCCUCCUCCUUUUAGUUUGCCUGUUGCAGUUCUCAGACGUUACCACCUCCCAGUUCAGAUAGCUAGCCACCAUGCAGUAAGUCCUUAUUGUUGUGUUGUCCCUGCACCUUCUGACCCUUUGAUGUCAAAGCCUGUAGGAAACAUGCUGAGCAUUGCUUGGAACCUUGCUUGGUUUAAUGGAAUUGAGAAUCUUCUGGAAAAGAUGAAAAAUCGUGAAAGAGAAUCAGAAGAAUUUCUGGAAACUUUACGGCUGUCACCAUCAGAUGUUACUGCACUGACUGUAACACAUAUAGACAGUGGUCUUCGAGCCUGUAUUUCCUCAAUUGCUCAGGCAGUAUCUCAUAGGCAAGUGAGCGCUGCAGUUUCCAAGAUGAGCAUCUACCUUCUUAAUGACAGUAUGGCUCUGAAUUUUGACUCGAAUGGUAGCUUGGCUAUACUGCAGUGUCUAGAGUGGCACACUGUCCUGAAGAGAUUUCUGCAAGUGCUGCCCGCAUGUAGUGACGAUGAAAAGCUUUUAGCAGAUGUAGUAACUUUUCUGAACAAGUACUGCAUAGAACAAAAGAAGCAAAACAAUGUUAGUGAUUUAAACUGGUUUCUAGAGCUUCUUCUUAAGGAGGAAACAAAUCCUUUGCUGAAUCUACUGGUACAAGUGGAGUCCAGGAUGCAAAAUGAACUAGAUGAGUUGCAGACUGCUGUCAGACAGAAGCUUCAGAAAGAGCUCAGUGCACUUUUCAACACAAUUCUUUUGUCACUUACAUCAUCUACUGACAGGAAAUGCUUAGUGCUUGCUGGCCUGUUCAGGACAGAAUUGUCUCUUAAACUUCUUCAGUGUGUACGAGUUAGUGAUGCACCUCAUUUCUAUGGUCUUCCGUCCCUGGAGAGAACACUCCGAGGAAUGGUACAUGUAACCGCUUGCCCAGGCUGGAGCUUACAUUCUGUAGCAGUCGAGCCAUUUUCAAUUUGUGUGAAGUACUUGACUAGUCUUCUUGAGGUCAUCUCAUCUUUUUAUGUUGAAUGGGGAGGAAAUGCAUUAUCUUUCAUGGGAAAAGGAGUUACAAAGAAUGCAGUUCUCUGCUUACUUCAUAUAACCAGUGAAAUGAGAAAUAAUGCCCAACUGAAGGACUGGGUAUCCCUCUGGUCCUUACCAUACGAUCAUAAUAUAGAGGAGCAGGCAACAUCUCGCAUGGGUCUGGCAUGGCUGGUUCCACUUUGGGUUGACAGAGACCCUGAGGUGCGAUUUGCGAGCCUUAGCAUUGGCGCAGCUCUCACAUCUAUAGAAACUGGAUGCAUCACUUUGGCAGCAAGCUGUCAGAAUAUUUCUGGAGGGUUAUGGGGAAUGUUGCUGAAUAUUCUCCUGGAUCAGUCAGAAUGCAGUAUGGUUCGCAGAGAGGCUGCAGCUGUCUUGCAAAAUUUACUUGUGAUGCCAAUGCCUUCAACUCUGGAGGAGGCCAGCAACAGUACAUGGCAGAGCCCUUGUGUUCAUGAUGAAGAAGCUGGAGUGUCUCUUGUAGGAGUUCCUGCAUUGCAAGUUUUGCUUCAUCAUUGCCUAUUUUAUGAAUGUGUGAGUCAGAUGGCCCACGCCUGCUAUUUAGGAAGGCACAGUUUUGAGCUAAAUUUUCCUGAGCUGGGCAGAAAAGAGGGAAGGAGUAGCACAGAAGAUUUUGAAGAUUCACUUAAACAUUGGCGAGGUGAAUUCGGACAACCCAGUCAGGUCCACUCCACUGCUGGUUCCUUGUCUACAUCAAGUACUCAGAUUGCUGCAGUAUCAUCUUUGCUGUUGAGUGCUGAAGGUCUUCAGCUAGGUGGUGAGAUGCUCUCUGAAAAUUAUAACGCAGCUUCCAUCAGCAGACCUAAUGCAGAAGUGCAAGGCGAAACAGACACAGUAGUAUCGACUAAUACAGAAGAUUCUCCCGUUUUUGCAUUUUCUGCUGACCAGAAUGCCAUUGUUACACCUGCUUUUCUCUCAGCUGUCUGUGGUCUGCUUACUAAUCUGAUGGUCGUUACGCCAGAGGACACUUUAAUUUCACUUCAACAAAACCACAUUCUGAUUUCUUUCAGCAGACUUGCUAAUGCUGGUUUGUUGGAAAGAUGCCUUUGGGAUCUGAAGACUCCUUUUCCACACCAUAGCUACCUGGAAGAUACAACAGUCCAGAUUUUGUGUCUUCUGCAGUACUUGUCUAGCUUGUCAGAGUUUCUGCAGUGUUGCCUAAUUUUAAAGCCUGACAUCGUGAUCCAGGAUGAUCUUAAGCCUCUGCUAUCAAAUGUCUUCACAUGCUUGUCCAUUCAUUUACCAGAGAAUUUUGAUGCUGAGCUGACAUCUGCAUUUCAUCAGACAUGGACAGACUUGUUUACUCUUUUGACUUGUUUGUUGAGGAAAACUGGCCAAAUCUCUUUAUCAUUGAUAACCACUUUGCUUUCAAAACACUGGACAAAAGUAAUUGGUAAAAUUUCCACCUCUGCUCAUCUCUCUGCCACAAGUCCUUUCUUAUAUACUGCUGCCUUGCAGUUUUUGGCUGUCUUGCUAGCUGAAGAAGGUAGGAGAAAAUUAAAGAAUGAGCAGAGUUCUUUUCCAAGCCCAACAAUAACCAAACAUCUUGAUGGAUCUGAUGGAAAGAAAGCCUCUGGAAAGCACUUGUGUGAUGUAGUCUUACAGAGCUAUGAGGGUAAUUCAUCGGAGAGUUUUGUGAGGAAAAUGUCAGCAAAUGCUUUGAUGUCACUACUAGCUGUCAGUACCAGUGCCCAGAAACAUGCAUUACAAGCUGGAUUUCUUGAUAGCUGUAUUGAGCAAAUGAAGCAGAUCCAUGCACAACUGAACUUGGAUUACAUGCAAACUGAAAAAACAGGACAAAGGAAGAAGGAGGAAACUCUCAUCAAGGAGCUGAAGACAACAAUGCAGAUCCUGAGAAACUGUCUUUAUCGAAAUAACGAAUGCAAAAUUGCAGCAGUAGAGUCUCGUCUAGCCAUCAUUAUUUACUCCUUGUGGCCUUGGUUUGUGAUGGAUGAUGUUCUUAUGCAGGCAGCAUUACAGCUGCUCUCUGUCUUCACAGCAAAUUGCCCUGCAGCUUGUGGCUCAGUUUGCUGGGUAAGUAGUGUGCAGUAUUCACAGACUUCACAGAGAGGACCCACAGGCAACACACUGAUGCAUGCAGUCAUGAAGAUAUCCUCACAGAAGGUUCCAGGCAACAGUGUUAUCCAGCAGCUGGCCUUUACUGUACUCUCCAACCUUGCCGUGAGUCAUGAUUGCAGGGGAGUGUUACAGAAGAGUAACUUCUUACAGCACUUCGUAUCACUGCCUCUUCCUAAACUUGGAAGUAAAAAACUUAGUACUGUGACAACCCUGUGGCUGAAACUUUUACUGAACAUUUCAUUUGGUGAUGAUGGACAGCAAAUGAUAGUAAAAUUUAAUGGAUGUUUGGAGUUGCUGACUGAAAUGACUCGAUGCAAACACAAGUGCAGCCAACCAGUGGCACUGCUAAUUCUUCAUAAUAUUUGCUUCAGCCCAACAAGCAAGCCUAAAAUCCUAGCCAGUGACAGCAUCAUAACAACAUUGGCAUCUUGCUUGGAAAGCGACAGUCUUAUGAUCCAAACCAUAGGUGCCUCAGCACUUUGGGCUUUGAUGUAUAACAACCAAAAGGCAAAGGUGCCAUUAAAGAACCCAUCAGUGAGGAGACGUGUGGAUGAGGCUUACUCUUCAGUAAAGAAAAUCAUUUCAGAAGCAGAUGAUGACCCUCUGAGACUUUAUAACCUCAAAUGCCUUGAUGCACUAACAAGACUUCUGAAUCUUUAAGAAAUUCCUAAUGUUAGACAUCUUAAUCAUGAAAUUGUUUUGUUUUACAAAUCUAUUUUUCUAAUAAAGAAUUUUAUACCAGGGAAUUAAGAGCCUGAUAUUUUGCUAGCAAAGAAUUUUAUACAAAAGAAAUAAGAACUUAUUUUGCUUGCCGAUGCACUAUUCAC